CCAAUGUGAUCAGAGAUGGCUCAGGUACUGGCCUGUCUCAUGCUGACUGAGUCAAGAUCCAGCAUAAGGUAUAUAGAUGGUAUAGUAGAGGGAGAGGGAGCAGGAUAUUAGUGAGAAUGUUGCAUUGUAUUUGAGUGAUACACCGACAGACCCGAAUACAACGCGAGAUAGGGUGAGGUGUAAGAAAUGGAUCUGAAGCUGAUGCCUUUGAAAAUUGUCAUGCAUAAACUUGUAAUAAUUGGUCAUGUAAACCUUUUCUUGAAGUUAUCUGAGAAAUAUGGCAAAGUAUUUAGUGUCAAGCUAGGACCCACAACUACAGUGGUGCUGACUGGCUACGAAGCAGUGAAGGAUGCCCUCGUGAACAAUGCAGAUGAAUUUGGAGAAAGAGCACACAUCCCAAUAUUUGAAGCAACUUUAAAAGGACAUGGUAUUAUUUUUGGUCAUGGGGAGUCAUGGAAGCAAAUGCGAAGAUUUACCCUCAUCACGUUACGAGAUUUUGGAAUGGGAAAAAAAUCCAUUGAAGACAAAAUAAUUGAGGAAUCAGAUUUGCUGGUAAAAAUGAUUGAUUCUCAUAAAGGCCAACCGUUUAAUCCAACUCUCCAAAUGAACUGUGUUGUGGCCAAUAUAAUGUGCUCUAUAAUUUUUGGUGGCAGAUUUGACUAUGAGGAUGAAAAGUUUGUCAGCUUAGUAAAGAGAAUAAAUGAAAACAUUCAACUUUUUGGUUCACCUGCAGUCCACGUAAGUCUUAUCUUUCAUUUGAAUAGUGAUACAUUCCAGAAAAGAUCAUUUGCAACUUGCAAUAAUUGGAAAGGGUCUGUAAGUGGAGUCUCAGUAAACCUGUGGUGCAGUAUAAUUGGCCAUUAAUUGCCCAGUUAAGGCCCUUAAUUGGACUGAGGGCAGGCAGGCUGCCCUGGGCUUGGCCAUCCGACACAUAAAAUGGUGGCUGAGUUUGGGGAUGGGCAGGUGGGUGGCAAUGUCGUCCGUAGAAUUUUACAGCCUCCUGUGACUGCAAACGUGCUAACAAAACUGUACCCUACAACUCAGCUUUGAAUAGUUCAAUAUGGAAUCCAGUAGUGAAUUCCAAUAGCUAAAGACGCUUUGAGAAAAGAAAUCACUGGACAUCGAUGUUUGAAAUGAGGUAUGAACUCUUAUUUUCAUAGUUACAGUCCUGGUUCCAAUACUUUGAGAAAUGAAAAUACCCGCUCAACUACCUUGUC